CAGUAAAAUACGCAAACAUCAAGAUAGCAAGGAACUCUUACCUUCAUACAUAGCUCAAAACGUCUAUCAAAAGAUUGACCAAAUUAGCGAAAGCAUCGUAAACUUAAUAUAUUUUAUGGCACUUCGACGUAGCUAAACUUAAAAUUAUUAAAUAAAACGAAGUCAAAAGUCGGUGUUAAUUAUGACCGACGACUUUUGCAAUAAGUUAUCGAAUGGUGCUGGAAUCAAAAAAGACAUUUUCCAGUUACUCUCUUUAGUCAAAUCGCGAGCUUACUGUCCUUAUUCAAACUUUCCUGUCGCCUGUAUUAUUGAACUAAAAGACGGUCACCUGAUUCCAGGCUGUAAUGUCGAGAACGCUUCGUAUUCGAUGACGAUUUGUGCCGAGAGAUCGGCAAUCGCCUCGGCCAUUUCUCAAGGAUUCAAACCCGAUCAGAUGGAUACGUUUUACGUAAUAACUAAGCUGGACUAUUGUGUUUUUCCGUGUGGUGCGUGCAGAAGUGCUAUUGCCGAGAUGAAUCCGAAAGCACGAGUUGUUGUCGUCAGUUCGGAUGGUGGCAAAGUCGAAGAGCAUUCGAUUGAAACGUUAUUGCCGUGUAGUUUCUCGUCUUCAGAUUUACAAAAGUCAGCUCAAAUAUAAAUUUUGAAAAAAAUUGCAGUCUUCAUUAAUUUAAUUAGGUUUUUUAAAUAAACAGUAUCGGUUCAGUUUCUCUUCUGUUUGAGAGAUAUUAUUAUUGCAUUUUCAGUUGCAACUCGAGUUACAGUAGUUGUGGACUUUUCUCAGAACUUAUCGAAGUUUUCCGUUCUAGUUCA